CGCGUACUGUAAGAUACUGUACCCCACCCACAUCCCACUUUCGCCAUCUCAACCCUACCAAACCACACCUCCACAAAAACCGAGUCAUAUCUCCAACCCAGGAAACCCAAUUCAAAAUGUAGCGCCUCACCACUACCACCAACCCAACCAUGUCCCGCGUGCUGAUCUUCGGCGCCGGAGGCGUAGGGAGCAUCUACGCUUACAUCCUCCUCCAAGGCGGCGCCAGCGUCACCGCGGUCUGUCGAUCCAACUACGAAACCGUCAAGCGGGAUGGCUUCACGAUCAACUCGGCCAUCUGGGGAGAAGGAAUCAAGAUCCUACCAGGUGUUGUGCGGACGGUGGAGGAGGCUGCAAAUACGGACUGGGACUAUGUCGUUCUUUGCAGUAAAGCGAUGCCCGGGGCGAGUCCGUCGACUGCGCAGGUGAUCAGGCCGGUGGUAGGGACGGGGACGACGGUGGUGCUUUGUCAGAAUGGGAUCCAUAUCGAGGAUGAGUAUCGGCGGGUGUUCCCUGGGAAUGCGAUUGUGUCGGCGGUUGUGUAUUUGCCUGUGACGCAGAUUGCGGCGGGGCUGAUCAAGCAUGGGAAUCUGGAGAUUUUGGAGGUUGGGACAUACCCUUCUGAUGCGCCGGCUGAACAUAAGGAUGCGACGGUGAGGUUUNGAUCAAGCAUGGGAAUCUGGAGAUUUUGGAGGUUGGGACAUACCCUUCUGAUGCGCCGGCUGAACAUAAGGAUGCGACGGUGAGGUUUGCAGAGCUGUUCCGUAAGGGGAAGGGGACUAUUGAUGUCUUUGACGAUAUCCAGAGCAGACGCUGGAACAAGCUCAUCGUCAACGGGACAUGGAACCCCCUUUGCGCCCUCUCUCGCUCGAUGGACAUUGAUCUUCUUUCCGCGUCGGAAAACGCAAGCGAGAUGGUGUUCAAGGUCAAGAUGGAGAUUGUCAGUAUCGCGCAGGCUCAUGGGUACAAGGAGAUCCAGGAGAGUAAUGCGCGGUUCCUGAUGGAUCGGGUGAAGGGACGGAGACCAGAUAAUGGCGUUUAUCCUAGUAUGGUUGCGGAUGCGGUGGAGAUGCGGCCGAUGGAGGUGGAGGCUAUUGUUGGGGGGGCUUUGAAGGCGGCGAGGGAGAGGGGGGUUGGGACACCGUUUUUGGAUCUGAUUUAUGUUCUUAUUAAGGCGUUGGAUAAUAGCAAUAGACGGAAGAGGGCACAGACGUAA